GAUGAUGUCAUUUCAAUACAGGACACGCGUUAAUAACAACGAAGUUAAUACCACCAAAUUAUUCAGUAAAUGUUCCUAAAGCAAGCAGUAUGUUUUUGAAACUUGUGUUAAUUUUUAUAGUCCCUCUAUUAUCAAGUUAUUCUGUGCGAUGUGGCUCGGGUUGUGAUGAGCUGAGUACCUGUGGAGCCUGCGUGGGAUAUGCGGUGGAAAAAUGUGUUUGGUGCCCGAAGACGGUAAAAAAGGGAUCAAACGUGAAACAACAUUGUAAACCUGAAGCUUUUGCUGAGAAACAUGGCGCUGAAUGGUGUGAAGUAGCAAUCGAGAACCCGCCGAGUUCAGCUGAAGAAAUAAGAAAAGAACCACUAAAUUCAGGAAACAAUAAAAAUAAAAUCCAUCUUGUUCCUCAAUAUAUGAAAUUGAAGAUUCGGCCUGGAGUGCCUGUCAGCUACAACGUGACCUACCAGCUCGGGAAGGACUUCCCUUUAGAUGUGUACUUUUUAAUGGAUUUCUCAUACACCAUGUUGACCGUUAAAAAAAGGAUUCGCGCUCUAACACAACAAAUACACAAGUCUCUGUCUAAAAUAUCCACUAAUGUGAGAAUUGGCAUGGGAAGUUUUAUAGACAAAGCUGCCAUGCCCUUUGUAGAAGCUCCCCGACACAAGGGCACGUAUUUAUUCAAGAACAACAUACCGCUGACGGAUGACUUGCAUUAUUUUCAAGAAACAUGGAAGAUAUUGUACUACCAGUGGUUCUCCAACUUCGACAAUCCUGAAGGUGGUCUGGACGCCCUGAUGCAGGUGAUUGUGUGUGGCGAGCAGGUUGGCUGGAGGGAUGAGGCUCGACGCAUGGUCGUCCUCUUUACCGACGACGUCUACCACAGCGCCGGCGACGGCAGAAUCGUCGGAGCAUUCAAACCAAACGACAUGAAAUGCCAUCUCGAGAACAACCAAUUCGCAAAUGACGUUGCUUUUGACUAUCCCUCGGUCAGCCAAAUUAAUAAAGUUGUUAAGGACAAUAACGUGAUGGUGAUUUUUGCCGUCAGCGGGACCAAGCGGGUACGAGGGGCAUACGAGAAGCUAUCGAACAUGAUCGAAGGAUCCACGGUAGUCGAUUUUAGCAGCAAACGUCUUUCGGACAUCAUUACUGAUUCCUACAAGGACUUGUUGCUAUACCCUCUUCUGACUUUUGACCCCCAACCUAAUAUUAAAGUAGAGUUGGACCCUCCAUGUCACCGCAAGACAAAGAGCAACCUGUGCAAGGCCGAACAGUUUCAGUCUAAAGAAGUGCAAGUCACGAUCAAAUUGAGUACAUGUGACGUCACAGGUCCACAGCGAGUGGAGAUAGGUGUGGUGGGACUACGAGACAAGCUGAGCAUUCAUGUAGAGCCACUGUGUAGUUGUGCGUGCGAGAGUGAGCGUAAGGAAAAUGAUUUACUAUGCAACGGAUCUGGGGCUCUGGAGUGCGGUGUUUGUAGAUGUUAUGGGAAUAAGAAAGGUGAAAGUUGUGAUUGCGAGGGAGACGUGGAUGAUUUUGAUGAUUUAAAAUGUAUCCGACCCAAUGAUACCUACAGCUGUAGCCAACGCGGAGACUGUCGAUGUGGCAAGUGUGAUUGUCGACAGUCGCACGGUGACUACUGCGAGUUCACGGACAGCGACUGUCCGUGGGUGGAGGAGCGGGUGUGCGGGGGCCGCGGGGCGUGCCGGCGCCGCGCCUGCGAGUGUCUCCAGGGCUGGCGAGGGGAAGACUGCACGUGCCCUGAGGGCUCGGAUGCCUGCCUCGAGCCGUACUCUGGACAGGUCUGUUCAGGAAACGGGGUGUGCAACUGCGGAAAAUGUGAAUGUUCCAACAAAGAUGAUGUCACUGACGGGUUUUGCAGCGUCAACCUGGCCGACAAGAAAUGUAAGCAACUGGCAAAAUAUGUCGAAUGCGUUUACAACAACACUAACAACGUUGAAGAGAAAGCCAAAUGUCUCGAAUACCAGCACUGGGCUACUGAGGAAAAUACCAUAAUUGUGAACAAAACGGAGAUAGAGAAUAACACAUGGCCUUUACACGCAUGGUGCAGUUUACCCAGGGGUGAACAUUUCAUUGUCUUCGGGCACAAGUUCAUAGCCCCACAGUUGCACAUUGUCAUACAAUCCGAGCUAGGGGAACCUGCGGGUACAGCUAAUCUUUGGAUUGUGAUCGGGUCUACAGUUGGGGUGAUUCUGCUGAUUGGCCUCAUCACGACGGUGGUGGCCAAAGUGAUGAUCGACCGGCAUGACGCCAUGGAGUACCAGCGCUUCGUGGAGGACCUCAAGAACAUGGGCAUGGAGUCCGCUGAGCUGAACGCUUUGUACGAACCCGCCAAGACUGAAGUCAGGAACCCGAGGUAUAGGAUUUCAUUCUAUCAGCAUUAAUAAUAUUUAUAUGUAUGUAAAAGUAAGGAAUAAAAUAAUAGAUUUUUAAA